AUGUCAUACUCCUGUACUGAAAAACUAUGGAAACCAAUCAUUCGACCUCCAAGACACUAUUAUUAAUUAAAAGAUUUAGGCAAUCAAAUCACAAUGAUUGUCGAUACGGUUACGAAACGAACAGAUUUUGAAAUUGUGAAUAAAAGAAAACUUACAUUAUAAUGUAGUCUCUUUGAACCAGUGAGAGUUCAAGAUCGGUAACACUCUUGUAUGAUUUAUCUGCAUGGAAACUCUAGCAGCCGAGUUGAAGCAUUGACAAUCUUGGAAUACUUGAUCCCUUACAACAUAGCCGUUUGUGGAAUUGAUUUAUCAGGUAAGCCAUCACUCAUUAAUCCAGGUUCUGGACAUUCGGAAGGCGUUUACAUUUCUCUUGGUUAUUACGAAUCUCAAGAUGUGCAGAGUCUGAUUGAUUAUCUAAGAGAUCAUAAACCUUACAUAUCUUAAAUCGGGUUAUGGGGGAGAUCAAUGGGUUCCGUAACAGCCAUCUUCAGUGCCAGUUAGAACGAAGAUAUUAAGGUCCUGGUUUGUGACAGUCCCUUUUCUAAUUUGACUGUCUUGUGUAAAGAAAUUGCAACUUCCGGUUAUGGAGUACCUGGGUGUUGUUUUGAUUGUUUUUUCUGUUUUGUGAAAUCCAAAAUUAGAAAGGAAGCUAACUUUAAUGUGGAUGACCUCAAUGUCCUCCAAAUAGUUGGGAGUAAUUAUAUAAUGUCCAUUGCAUUUUUGAGUGCCAAUCAAGAUUAAUUGGUCCCCUCAAAACAUGCCAAACAAUUGCAUUGCUUUUUCAAAGGAACCAAAUUACUCAAAUCAUUUGAUGGGCAUCACAACUCAAAAAGACCAAAUGAUGUCAUGAAAGAAGUGGCAGAUUUUGUUAUUUCUUAACUGGGCAAAUAACAGAGCGAUUAACCUCAGAGUUCAAGAGACACCAAAUUGUUGUUGCUGCACAACCAGAGAGAAAAGAUAUCUUUCCAAUAUGAUGAGGUUCAUCCAAUUAUGACUGGAGGUUAAAUUUCCAACAAUGAAUAAAAUAUUACAAAAUGA